AUAACGGGUUACAGUUAAUACCCGCAAUAUGAUAUAAUGCAAAUAAGUCUUCAAGCAUCUGGCCUAGUCAUUUCAAAACAAAACUCCGUAUUAAUAAAGCCAUUAUGGCAAAAGAAAUGCCACAGGAAAAAUUGGACUGGGAGGAGUUACCAAUCAAAAAAAUUUUCGGUAUUGCAAAUUCGUACGAAGAAGGUAUGGAAAAAUUAGUUCGAGCAGAGGAUACAUCCAAUGUAGAUGAUACUGCUUUAUCAUCAAAUGAAUUAAAAGAACGAGAAAAAAAGAGGAGACGUCUAAAAGCAAAAAAACAGUUAUCCUCCUCGUCUUCCGAAGAAGAUUUUAUUUUUGACCAAAAUAAAGAAAAUAAUAUCCGACAAAAUAAAAUCCUGCCUGCUCUUCCGCGCAAAGAACAUUUUGAGUUAAAUAAAAAGCAGCUACCAGGCUCAUCCAGAGAAAAUAGAACAAUAUUAUGCGAGAACUCUUUUUUUAAUGUAGCGAGCAGUAACGAUCUAAAUAAUGACACUGUUACAAAUAAUUCUACACGUGUGUAGAAAAAUCUGCUAAUGUCGGUAAUGAACAUCUUGAUUAUGGUAAGUUUUAAAAAACUAAUAUUUUUUAUGUAUUGCACUACAUUACAACCAUUUACGUACUGUUACAAAUUAUAUACCAUUUUACAUACUAAAGAAAUAUACAGAACAUUCAGAAUAGAAAUUAACUAACUUAUAGAAUGUGUAGAGAUCAUUGUAGAUAAAAAAAGUUUAGAUUUAUUAUAGGUCAAUUGAGUUUGGUU